AUGCUGCUCAAGCCUGCUCUUCUGCUGGUCUCGCUUCUCCCAGGCGUACGCGCCUUUGCCACGACGGCCUCGCCGCCAUCGCCUCCUUCCGCACCGCUCCCCGUGUGCUACUCGGAGAACGACCUCAGCGAAGCGGAGCAGGCGACGAUGGUCGAGCAGCAGACCCUCUACCUGUACAACGACACGACUCUGCCCGAGGACAAGAGCAACAUCUUCAACACGUACUUUGCCAGCGGGCUCAAGUGGAUGGACUCCUACAAGGACAAAUUCGACCCCGAGAUCUUCACCAUGCAGACGGUCGACUCGCUCACCAUGGGCAACGUCUUCCAACUCCCAACCACAUCCAACAAGCCCGAGGACGUGACUUUUGAAUUGCCGGCGCCCAGCGAGCUGACCGCACCCGAAUACAGCCUGAAAUACAUGCCGAUUCUCGACAUGGCGGCCCUCAUCAAGGCAAAAGUGGUCUCGUGCGUUCACGUCGUUGAUUACUUCACGGCUCGCCUCGUGGAGUUCGAGCCCUACCUGGCCAUCACCUCGCUCCUGCUCACCGAGACCGCGCGCGCCAAGGCUCUCGCGUACGACGCCAUGAUCGCAAACUCUACCUACCUCGGCCCGCUCAUUCCUCUCUGA